CGUGCAAAGUCUCGUCAAAUCGGUUGAGCUUCUUAGCUUCUAAAUUCAAUCUAACCGCCGACUUCUCCUCCUUAUCCAUUAUUCUUUAUCCUAAUUCUUUUUACGUGACUACCUGAACUACGAUAAUGCCGUUGUUUCUCUUCCUUGAAUUAAUUCCUACACCCGUGUCUUCAUACGUGGAAAUUGUCCUGUUUAUUCAGUUCACAAUAAAUCUUCUAUAGCAUUUACUAUUUACCUCCCUACGCUACCUACAAUACAUACUUACCUACGUACCUCAUACAUAACUUAACGCAUCUAACCUAUCUAAUCGUCAUCGUCAAAAGACUAGUUUUGUAGCCCCUCGCAAUUCCUAAACUCACCCAACCUUCCCCUAUUUUCCCUCUCCAUUCCUUUAUUUAGACUACAUAUGAGGACGACACCACAACAAGUUUCUCGGGUUGGAUUUUAGGUCGGCUAACGACCUAGAGGGACAGCAUGCCGGACUCAGGGGAUCAGGGCACGGCCCAGCGUAAUCAGGGCAUUACCCUGAUAGCUUUUGUUACUGCUCUGAACGUCUCGUUGAUAGUCUUUGGCGUUCAGACGGGACUCUUCUUGUUACUGAGAAAUAAGCUAUCUAGAAUAUUCAAGCCCAAAACAUACCUUGUACCAGAACGGGAACGAACCGAACCCCCACCAAGUAGUCCCUGGGGCAUGGUUAGUACCGUGUUUCGCUUUCCGGAUCGCGAGGUUAUUAAGAAAUGUGGACUGGAUGCGUACUUCUUUCUCCGAUACCUACAAACCCUACUCGUCAUAUUUAUACCUAUGGCCAUCGUUAUAAUCCCGAUCCUAGUGCCGGUCAAUUACGUUGGCGGACUCAGUCGCAACUUCUCAUCGAAUACUACCGAGAAUAACCCAAACGUCAACUCUACCGAUCCCCAGGGCGCUGAUUACAGCGACCCUAGCGCGCCGAAAUCCAACAUCACUGGGCUAGACACGUUGGCAUGGGGUAAUGUGAGAAAGGACCAGACUAACAGAUAUUGGGCGCAUCUCGUCAUGGCAGUCUUGGUCAUCAUAUGGGUCUGCGGUGUUUUCUUUGCAGAAUUGAGGGUUUAUAUUAAAGUCCGCCAGGACUGGCUAACAACUGCUGAACACCGUUUACGAGCUUCUGCGACGACUGUCCUAGUGAGCGGUAUUCCCGACAAAUGGCUGAAUGAGGAGGCUCUCAGAGGCCUUUUUGAUGUUUUCCCAGGAGGACUUCGAAACGUAUGGCUUACGCGAGACUUGACAUAUCUCUUAGAGAAAAUUUCCAAACGUGACCUAAUCCACAAACAGUUGGAGGAAGCCCUGACAGAGUUGAUUCGGAUGGCGAAGAAAGAGCAACUGAAGAAGAGGGAGGCGGAUGAAAGACGGGCGCGUAAAGCAUCUAAAUCCCACCGACCCACCAAAGGAGAGAGACAAGAGCGUCAAAAGCGGGAGGACGAUGCAGCGAAAUUGCAGGCCGAAGGUAACCAAGGCAUAAGCAGUGGUGAUCGGCACGAAGUCCCUCAUGAUGUGGUUGAUGCUGAAGCGGAGGUUAAGACUGACCACCAACCCGAUAUCCAUAGACCAUCUACUGGGCGCAGCUUUGUGGCAAGUGGGUUCUCGAAAAUAACUGGAGGGUUUGGAAAGGGUGUUGAUGCGAUGGGUAAGACUGGACAGGAGAUAUUUGGAGGCGCUAAGAAUAUUUCGCACGGUAUUGACAGUCAAAUCGAAACGACAAAUGGAUUCGUGGCAAUAGGAACGCCGCAGAGCCCUUCGCCCGCUCCCCCUACGCGGGGACCGGGCCACCGUCGUGUUCAGCUGCCAGACGAGAAAGACCUUCCCAGGCCGUCGACCCAGAACUCGAACCAUCGUCAGGGUCUUGGAUCCGAAGAGCCUGUUAUGGGGCCGCCUGCAUCACAAACACAGCAUUAUCGUAAUGGCUCUUCAAUUUCCCAGGAUACUAUGUUGAAGGGGGAGAAUGUUGAAAUGCGACAGUUCGGAAAUACAACCCGCAAAGUUGAUACCCUUGAGGAUAUGCGACAACACGAAACCAUACGAUGGUAUCAGUUUUGGAAGCCCCCGGCGGGUGGAUAUGUGUCACCCGUUCCCCAAGGAUACGAAGGCGACGACUUUCCGUUUAAGAAGGAGAAGACGCUCUCAGAAAAGAUAAAGUCAUUCAUUCCGUUUGUUGGUGGCGCGGAGCUCGAGCCGGUAGAAUACCCUAAAGCUUACAAUGAGGAAUGGACAGAAGAGAAGGACAGUGGAGCGGAAUGGGAGAAGUGGGUUAAGAAAUCUAAGCGACCAACUCAUCGUCUUGCGAUAUUUGAAUGGACACCUUCCUGGCUACCUGGGCUUCCUUUUCUCAACAAGAAAGUCGAUACGAUCUAUUGGUGUAGACAGGAACUAGCAAGGUUGAACUUGGAGAUCGACACCGACCAGAAGAGCCCAGAACGGUAUCCGCUGAUGAAGUCGGCUUUUAUUCAAUUCAAUCACCAAGUCGCCGCGCAUAUGGCUUGUCAGAGUGUUACGCAUCAUAUUCCGAGGCAUAUGGCCCCUCGCACUGUGGAGAUAUCUCCUAAUGACGUGCUCUGGGAAAAUAUGGCUAUCAGCUGGUGGUCUGAGUGGCUCCGGACUGCUGCCGCCGUGGCUUUUGUCGCCGGCAUGAUCCUACUAUGGGCGUUCCCGGUUGCCUUCACGUCCUCUAUCUCUCAAGUUAGCACGCUAACAGACGAAUUUCCCUGGUUGAGUUUCAUCGACGAGAACAAAAAUAUUCGUAACGUGGUAUCUGGUGUUGCUGGUGUUCUACCAGCAGUUCUACUCGCUCUACUUCUCUGGUUGGUGCCGAUUAUUAUGGGCUUCCUUGCUGGCUUUAAAGGAGCCAAGACGGGAUCCCAGAAAACGGAAACGGUUCAGAAGUUCUAUUUUGCGUUCCUCUUCGUCCAAGUAUUCUUGGUCGUCUCCUUAGCUUCGGGUGUCCUCCAGACACUUGACUAUAUUGCUAACAACCCAACUGGAAUUGCGGAUCUCCUAGCAGAAAAUUUACCAAAGGCCGCAAACUAUUUCUUCUCUUACAUGAUUCUUCAGGCCCUCAGUGUGAGCUCAGGUACAUUACUGCAAAUUGGGGCUCUCAUCAACUGGUACAUCAUCGCGAGGAUGAUGAACAAAACGGCCCGGAAUAAGUGGUUUACCAAUACUAAGCUCCCUGAAGUGAAUUGGGGAACUACCUUCCCGGUCUAUACGAAUUUCGCUUGUAUCGCGCUGAUCUAUUCAGUCGUCGCCCCAAUUAUCUCCAUCUUCGCCAUCAUCACCUUCAGUCUCCUGUGGAUGGCAAAUAGAUACAGCAUGAUCUACGUGAACCGCUUCACAAGCGACACUGGUGGUGUGCUAUAUCCGCAGGCCAUCAACCAAACUUUCACGGGGCUUUACGUAAUGGAGUUGUGCCUUGUCGGCCUGUUUUUUCUUGUUAGAGAUGAGAAUGGCGAAGUUGCAUGUGCACCGCAAGCUAUCAUUAUGAUCGUCUCAAUCUUUCUCACCGCCAUAUACCAACUCCUCCUGAACAAGUCAUUUGGGCCAUUGUUCCGGUAUUUACCUAUUACCUUCGAAGAUGAGGCUGUCCUGCGGGAUGAAGCAUUCCAGCGCGCACAGAACCGCCGUCUAGGCCUUGAUGAUCGUGACGACGAUGUAUCCGAUAAAGAGGACUUACCGACACACGAAAGUGAAAGCCAAAACAAUUCUAUGGAUGGCGCUGAUGACAAGACGGGGCGAGGUAAUAAGUUUACGAACUUUAAGCCUGUUAAGGGCAUUGUCCACGCUAGUACCUGGGCAGCUCGUGGCAGUAAAAAUACCUACAAUCGUACUUUUGGCAAGGCAGAGAAGGGGUUUAAGAAUGUCAACAAGUAUCGUGAAGAACGUCGACAGAAGGAUCUCGAGGCGCAGAGGGCCAUUGGUGAGGCUCUAUACGGCGGAUUUCACGAUGAAAUUGAGGAUCUCAUACCCGAGGAAAGAGACGUUCUCGUUAGGCGUGCGUUCAUGCACUCAGCCCUGCGUGCAAAGCGGCCGACUGUAUGGAUUCCUCGUGACGACCUAGGAGUGAGUGACGACGAAAUAAGAAGGACGAGGGAAUACAGUGAACACAUUUGGAUUUCGAACGAGGGCACGGCACUCGACAGCAAAGUGCGGGUUGUAUACGGGCGCGCGCCACCGGACUUCUCAGAGCUAGAUAUCAUCACCCUCUAAAGGAAGAGACACGUGAACCAAAAUGUACAUAGAAAACAUACGACGGAAUGACCAAGGUUGGAGUUCGUUGCAUAGCCGGUGGAGAGGUAUACCCCAUGUUGCACAAGGCCUUUAAUAGAACUUCCUAAAUAGAUAGGCUCUCUGAUUUCUGGAUACUACCCGAUUUACUUGGACUUGCAUAUGUGAUCCUACGCGAACCUGCUUGACUGAGCAUUCCCCGUGGCGC